UCUAUAAAAGUUAACUUUUACGCCCAAACGGCUGGACCGAUGAAAUGGUACGGAGGUAGCUGAAACCUUUGAUUAACACAUUUUAUCCAAAUUCGUUAAAGAAGGGCUUUACAGCUAUAACUAACAUCCAUGCGGGCGAAUCCGAAAACAACAGCUAGUAUUACAUACCUUACUGUAUGACAAUAAUUCUUAUAAACUACUACAGCUAGAAACAGCUGUUUAACAUACCUACUACCUGCACGCACGACCUACGAACAAAGGCUAAAAUUAUUUAUGAACUAACAAUUAUUAUGUAGUACAUAACGAGAAACAGUUAGUUAUAUUUUUCUUCGAAUGUAGAGUUUAAAGACCACUUAAAACGGUCUUUAACAAAAAAAAAAACUAAAGAAGACAAAGCCGUAAAUAACACUGCACUAUUUUCAAUCGUACCUACUCGUGCUAUAAUUGUUGAUUGAUAAAAGAGAACGGCAGUAAAUCAUCGUGUGCUGUGAGUAACGUAGUGAGUGGUGACUCCCGCGCAACGGUACACCCUGGGAUCUCGAUCGAGCUCAGUCGUAGUUGCGGCCUUAACCGCCAUGGGUCGAUCACUGCGCACGUUCGCGGCCUACACGCAACCGUUCGUAGCAAAAAACGCGCGCCACUCCAGCACCGGGUGCCCUUUUUCAAAACGGCAACAAUCACAAAUCGCACCAACAGCCGAACUUAAUGAGGAAAUUUUCGCAAAUGCGAAACCUUACUCCGAAGUGCCCGGACCCAAACCGAUCCCGAUUUUGGGGAAUACGUGGCGCAUGGUCCCCAUUAUCGGGCAAUUCGAUAUUUCGGAAUUCGCUAAAGUGACACAACAUUUUCUGGACAGAUAUGGAAGGAUUGUGCGUUUAGGUGGGCUGAUAGGAAGACCGGAUCUGUUGUUUGUUUACGAUGCGGACGAGAUCGAACGGAUGUACAGACGGGAAGGGCCGACUCCGUUCCGACCUGCUAUGCCUUGCCUCGUCAAAUAUAAGUCUGAAGUGAGGAAGGACUUCUUUGGUGAACUACCUGGGGUAGUUGGAGUUCACGGCGAGCAAUGGCGUCGCUUUCGCUCCAAGGUCCAGCGCCCGAUCCUUCAGCCUCAAACAGUGAAGAAAUACGUCGCUCCCAUAGAAAUGGUCACGGAAGAUUUUAUCAAGUAUAUGGAGGACGCACGAGAUGAAAAUGGCGAUCUACCGCACGAGUUCGAUAAUGAUAUCCAUCGAUGGUCGCUUGAGUGCAUCGGCCGCGUUGCUCUCGACGUUAGGCUGGGUUGUCUUUCAUCAGACCUGAACGCCAAUUCAGAACCCCAACGUAUCAUCGAUGCUGCAAAGUUCGCUCUAAGAAAUGUUGCUGUUUUGGAACUUAAGGCUCCUUACUGGAGAUACAUACCCACCCCACUGUGGACCAAAUACGUGAACAAUAUGAACUUCUUUGUGGAGCUUUGCAGUCGUUACAUAAACGAGGCUUUAGAGCGAUUAAAGACUAAGAAGGUGACCUCUGAAAAUGAUCUUUCUCUCCUGGAGCGAGUCCUUAGGAGUGAGGGGGAUCCAAAGAUCGCUACAAUUAUGGCGCUCGAUCUUAUUUUGGUUGGAAUUGAUACGAUAUCAAUGGCGGUAUGUUCGAUCCUGUAUCAAACAGCAACAAGGCUAAAACAGCAAGAGAAGAUGGCGGAAGAGAUCAGAAGAGUGUUACCAGAUCCAAGCAAACCCAUUACCUAUGCUGACUUGGAUAAACUGCAUUAUACCAAGGCUUUCGUUAGAGAAGUGUUUAGAAUGUAUUCUACGGUUAUCGGCAACGGUAGAACACUUCAAGAAGAUGAUGUCAUCUGCGGUUAUCACAUCCCCAAAGGUGUUCAAGUGGUAUUCCCCACUAUUGUGACCGGCAACAUGGCGCAGUUCGUCUCCGACCCUGAGGAGUUCAAACCGGAGAGGUGGCUGGAGAGUGAUGGCCGUCUGCAUCCCUUCGCCUCGCUCCCAUACGGUUUCGGAGCCAGGAUAUGCCUUGGAAGGAGAUUCGCUGACUUAGAAAUACAAAUUCUUUUAGCUAAGUUAAUCCGCCGAUAUCGCUUGGAAUACCACCACGAGCCACUCGACUACGCUGUUACUUUCAUGUACGCGCCGGACGGCCCUCUGCGCUUGCGCAUGAUAGAGCGAUAAUUUACAAUGCGACAUCUAAGCUUCAUUCUUACGAGGCAAGAAAUAUCGAGAAAUUGCAAUACAUUGCGCAGUCACACAGGUUUGUUAUCAAAAGUGAAAUACAAUCGCCAGUAAUGUAUAGCAAUUUGCAUAUUUUUCGAAUCGUGUAAAUGAUCAUUUAAGAUAUAUCUACCCUAUUUAACAUUUAAUAUAAGGAGAGGUUAAGAGGUAUAUCUUGUUUCUUACAGGUGUUUUUGGUACAUGAUAGUUAGGUUAUAUUUCUAUGAUAUUGUUAAUUAAGAUGUAAAUAAACAAUAUAAUUUUUAA